AUGGAAACCCUCCCCGGGAGACCACAGAGCCGCUCACUCCUUGAGCAGUACGGGAAGGUGCUGGAAUGUGACAUCAUUAAGAACUACGGCUUUGUGCACAUAGAGGAUAAGACAGCGGUGGAGGAUGCCAUCCGGAGCCUGCAUCACUGUAAUUUGCACGGGGUGACCAUCAGUGUGGAAGCCAGCAAGAACAAGAGCAGAGCUUCAACCGAGUUACAUGUGGGUGACAUUAGUCCCACCUGUACCAACCAAGAGCUUCGGGCCAAAUCUGAGGAAUAUGGUCCAGUCAUCGAAUGUGACAUCAUGAAAGAUUAUGCAUAA